AUGCUCGCAUCCAAGAGGUUGGCGAAGGCGAAUUAUCCAAAGUACCUCCAGCUCGGGGAAGGCCUGCCACCGGGAAUCACGCUCGUUGAGGCUGACAACUUCGAGACGUGGCUCAUGGACAUCCGGGUCAUGGACGACAACAACCCCAUCUACCGCGGCCAGACUUACCGACUAAAGUUUAAAUUCCCCAACAGCUACCCAAUCGAAUCGCCCGAAGUCACGUUCGUUACGGUGCCGGCGCAGAACAUCGGCAUCCCACUGCACCCGCACAUCUACAGCAACGGCAUCAUUUGUUUGGACCUGCUGGACCGGCAGGGUUGGAGUCCUGUGCAUAACGUACAGAGCGUGUGCAUGAGCCUGCAGAGCAUGCUCACCGGCAACACGCUGGCCGAGCGGCCGCCGGGAGACGAAGAAUUCGUGCGGCGCAACACACAGAGACCAAGGGAUAUCAAUUUCUACUUCCACGACGAUAAAGUGUGA